GCCAAGCGCGCAAAAGACGGGCCAGCCGACCCAUCAUCAUUUUUCGAGACCAGAGCCAGCGCCAGCUUGAGCAUGUCCUGCGCGUCCGACAACGUCAUGACGACCUGCGCGGCCUGCGACGCGGGCGUACCCUGCCUGCGCUACUCGACAGCGUCGACGUGCGCGCCCGUGCGUGGCGGCGUCUGCGUCACGCCGGCCGGCGACUGCCCAUACCAGUGCUACCCGAGCGCCAUCUCGAACGGCGUGUGGCAGUUUACGUACAAGAACGACCCAAAGACCACCGACAAUGGCGGCUACGGGCCCCUCGGGCUCAUCAAGAACUACACCGUUCCGAGCAGCGUGAGCACGGUCAAGGUCAGCGGUGGCCCGAACGCCGGCGUGGGCGGCAAUCCGCUCAAGAUCAUCUCGUCCUGGGACACUGCCUUCUUGGGAAGCUCCGUCUCGGCAAUCGCGCUCGAUGGCCUCAACCUCAUGAGCUCGUACCCGACCGUGCCGGCAACCGUGACGGACGUGACCAUAGCAAACUGCCAGCUCACAGCGGUCCCUGCGUGGGCGCUGUCGUCGUCGCUCGCGGUCCUCGCCCUCCCCAACAACAAGCUCGAGAAGCUGCCCGCUAUUGGCUCGUCGCCGUACGAGAAGCUCGCCAAUCUCAAAAACUUGGACCUGAGUCGCAACGCGCUCUCGACCUUUGAAUUGCAGCUCAAGAACCUCCAAGCUCUCGAUCUCUCCAACAAUCAAUUCACGACCAUUCCGAGUGCGGUCUACAGCCUCUCGGGCCUCGCCAGCCUGAACCUUGAUGGCAACCCGCUCUCGGGGGCGGUCUCCAAAGAGCAGUUUGCAGUUCUCAAUGGCAUCGCGACGCUCAAGCUCCCGGCCGUCACAGGCAGCUGCCCGUCGUCGUCCGGGCUCCAGACAACAACGACGUCAGGCAACAGCAUCUGCGUCGUCGGCGCCUCCUCGUCCUCGUCGACCGGGCUCAUCGUCGGUAUCGUGGCGGGCGUGGCCGUGCUGCUCGCUGCCAUCGGCGGCUUCUUCUGGUACCGCAAGCGCCGGGCCGCAUCCGCUGUGCCCGAGACAACGUUCAACGAUUUCGAACCGUCGUACCCGCUGCCCGGCAGCCGGCGGCGACAGCCCACGGACGUGGAUCUGCGCGGGUCGUCGGCGUCGACCAACCCCGGCAAGACGCUCGUGCGCGGUCGUGGCAGCAGCAACAACGUCAUGAGCAACAACUCGCCUGUCUACAAGGACCUACUGCUGCAGACGCGGAGCAACCAGACGCACCAGCGGUCGUCGAUCGUGCUCCAGUCAGCGCUCAACCCAGCGAUCGCGACGCUCGACGAGAACGACAUGGUGUACACGCGGACGCUCGGAAAAGGUGCAAAGGGUGUCGUAUGGCUCGCGAGCUACGCCGGCGAUGUGGUCGCGGUCAAGAAGAUGGUGCAAACUGCGCCGGACACCGACCGCCAAGAGGCCCUCUGCAACCUCGUGGCGGAAGCGAACUUGCUCUUGACGCUGCGCCACGCCCACAUCAUCCAGCUGAUUGGCGUCGUGACCGACCGGGUCAACGAAAUCGCGGUCGUCCUCGAGUACAUGGACCUCGGGGAUCUGCGCGAGAUGCUCAUGAAGAAGAAGCCGUCGCCGACCUUUGAUUGGACGAGCUACAAGGGCACGUAUGCACUUCACGUCGCGAAGGGCUUGGCGUACUUGCACGGGAAGAACCCGCCGCUCAUUCAUCGCGACAUCAAGGCCCGGAAUAUCCUUGUCGACUCGCAGAAAGGCGCCAAGAUCUGCGACUUUGGCGAGUCGCGCCUCCGGUCGUACCAGGAAACCAUGACGUCCAACGUCGGGACAGCGCGCUGGAUCGCGCCCGAGGUGCUGCUCAACGACGACUACAGUGAAAAGGCCGACAUUUACUCGUUUGGCGUGCUCCUCUCGGAGCUCGACACGCACGACGUGCCGUACAGCGACAUCAAUCUAGAUGAGCGCGUCAUUGUGCAGCGCGUCGCUGUGGGCCAGCUCCGGCCCAAGUUUUCGGCCACAUGCCCUGAGAAGCUGCGCCGACUCGCCAACCACUGCAUGCAAGCCGACCCGGCCCUGCGCCCGGACGCCAACAAGGUCGCUGCGAGCCUCGCGGAUCUCCUCGAGUCGAACUAACUAGGGACGCGAUGACAAUCUUAUAUAUAUCCCAGCACCCACUGGUUGUGUUGGUCCUUGUUGGGCAGCUACUUGC